AGCAAACACCCUCUUCUCUCCUGGCCCCCAGACGGGCUACUCGUACCACUUCACACACCAGCACACCACCCCGUCCUCUUCCUCCUCUCCCCCUGACUCUCCCCGCAAGCCCUCCACUCUCCCCGCUUCCAUGUCUGCCUCUCGCUCUACCGACGAGCGCACUCUCACCUCCACUCCCGCGCCCUCCACUCGCCAUAUCACCACUCACGGACUAGACUACCCAGAAUCGUUUGUAGACGCCCUCCCCCAUGUUUCCGCUCUAGACCGUAAAAUACCACUCCUCCCCCCGCGCAAAUUCUCCGAGCUGCACCUCUCCCACACCACCUCCCAUCCACCAGAUAACAUCCUCUUUCCCUUUCUCCAUGGCCUCGAAGGCGACAAUGACUCCCAGAACCACUUCUUUGCUUCCGUGCCCACCGCGUCCACCUCCCUCUCCACCCCCUCUGCUACUCUUUCUACCGUAGACCCUCCAAAGGACGCAUCCAAGAAGCAUUCUGGUGGCAUGAUGCAGUAUCCAAAUGGCAAGGCUCUUCGUCCACCUCUGUAUCGUGGCCUCGUCUGGGUCGUCUGUGACGAGGACGUCGACCCCCAACACCUCCCCCUCCGAUUUGCCGUAGGGGCGCGCACGCGCUCCGAGGAAGAGGACGAUGAAGCGUACAGCUCGUCAGAUGAUGACUAUCUUAGCAGUAGCGACGACGAGUUCGCUCGUGACGAGGAUGACUCUAUGGGCGUCGACACCGACGCCAUGGACCUUGCCACGGAGAUGCACAUGGACGUGGACGUCGACCCUCCGUCCCAUCCGAUGGAGCAUGUCUCUCCGACGCUCGCGAGCGCCGAGGCGCACAUGCAUCCUGUCGCCCACCGGCCCAUCCCCAUCUCCACAUCUCCGUCGCAGUGGGACCACGACCGCCGCCCCUCGAACGCCUCGGAUGGGUCAGACGCGUCCACCCCGUCGUCAUACUCUGGCUCGCUGGCAAGCGACUCAGGUGCCACUAGUGCAACGAGUGCAACUUCACCCGCAUUGUCUACCCCUCCGUCGCCUAUAUGCGCACCCGAAGAUAUGAACUUGGACUCGUUUGUCUACCCCUCGCCGACUGGUGCCUCCAAGACGCGCGUGGGCCCACCUCCCGUGCUCACGAGCAGUUUCCUCCCCAGUGCUCUCAUUCGCCGCACCAACAGCGUCCGUUUUGGGGCUAUUGACGAGGUCGAGAUGUUCGAUGAGCUGUCGUCGGGCGCUUCUGGGAACGAAGAUUGGGUAUUCCGACCGGCCAUUGUUCCAGACGGUAUCAGCCUUCGUAACUUUGGUAUCCAAGUGCCUGUGUUUGCCACACUUUCCGACAUCGUCGUCUACUCGCCCAAGGGCGCAUCGCCCGCGGCGCUGCGUCUCGCAGCACGUUUUCGGAGUGCGGUUGAUAAGGUAUACAAGGAGCGGCUGGCAAGGUUGGAGGAGAGUGGUCAGUCUACGGAAGAGGCGAAGCGGAAUCUGCUCAAUUACAACGUCUUCGUUCUCGAUGCAGACGCACGGACCGUUCAUUCCGAGCUCCCCCACCUCGUCGCACGACGAGAGGAUUCAACACGCGGCGCACACACCGAGGGGCACGAUGCGCGUAUUGCCACCCCCAAGUCGCUGAAAUCGCACCAGCCGGAGAUGUCCGCUGGACCCCACCACCGCGCAAACACAGUUGAUUUUGCGCAGCGCGAGAAAGAGGAAAUGCGCGAUCUUACGCGCGCAAGCGAGAUCAUUAGUGUGUUCCCCAGCGACUGGCAGCCAUCAUCGCCGCUGGCUUCCACUUCAUCUUCCUCGCGACCGUCGACUUCAUGUGCAUCUCCUUCCACGCAGCGGGCGUCACGUCGCGCUUCGCGCGGGCUUGACGACCGUCCAGCUUCAGCACCCAUCAUAGAUUCACAACGCGGGCCGCAGACACUGUCUCAAGCCCAGAGCUACGCAUCUGGCAGCACGCCCAAGUCGUUCUUUGAUCCCCGCGUGGGCCAGGUCUACCUCGGCAACGCGAGCGACGUACCCCUUCCACCGAAGCGCCAUCGCACGCGGCGCUCUCAGGAACUGCGAGCGCGGAACGCGGAUGAGGAGCGACUCGAGGAAGACGACCUGUUUGACUGCGCAACCAACGACCCGGCCAAGAGCGCUGGAUUCGACAUCUGCGUCGAGUGUCAUGACUAUGUGCCGUUCCCUUCUGCGACGCACCUCCGCGCCGCGGAGGAGCAUAUCCGGGCGCUGGAGCGCGCGUGGGAGGGGCGAUGUAGGCGCGAGGCGAAGCAAAGCGGUGACAAGCAUUCGGGGACGCGGCCGAGACCGCCACCGCACGCGAGCGCGGUGCUGCAUCUUCCGUUCCCCAGUGCGUCACAGGCGAGUCCGGCGGCGCUGAAUGCGCUCAUGCCGUUCGUGCGCUUUUUGGAGCGGAUGGUGAGUCCGGGACCGGUCGCUGCGAGCGCUGCGCCGCCGAUUCCACACGAGCAUGGGCAGGGGCAUGGGCGCGCGGCGUCGUCGCCUGGAAGCUGUGGGGGGAACGUUGCGGUUGGGGCUGCUAAACAGUCGAGGACGACGCUUUCGAGGCCGUUGAAGGUGCUGUUGUAUUCGGCCGAUGGGUACACGGAGAGUUCGGUGCCGGCGCUGUGUUUGUUGAUGGCGAUUAGGCAUUUGAGUUUGCCGGAGGCGUAUCUUGAGCUUCAGGUCGCAAAGCGGAGAAGCUUCUUCGUAUAUCAGAAUGAGCUCGGUCUGUUGCGCAAGGUCGAGGCUCGCCUUGGCGUCUGUGGCACCGGUGCCGUCGCUCGUCGCACGUACGCGUCGCCCACGCCUGCGAUGCCCUCGCAUACACCCAGCUCGUCGUACAGCGGGCCUUCGCCGCUCUCGUCUGGAUGCCCGCCAUCGCCGUUCGUGGUCCCUUCGCAAGCAACGUCGCAAGCGAAGCCCGGCAUGGUUCAUACCGGCUCAUCGGUAACAGUCCCCCUGAUCCCGACGUCGCUGGCGCCUGUCAUACGCCGUCCGCGAGCGAGCACGUUGCCGGCGUUCGUGCCCGACCACCAAAGUUGGUUCAAUGAUCCGAGGUUCGAUGGGAGCUUCCCGAGCCGGGUGCUGCCGUUCUUGUACCUUGGUAACCUAAACCACGCGACGAACGCGUACAUGCUUCACGCGCUCGGGAUUACACACGUCGUUUCUGUGGGCGAGUGCGCGCUCGUCCCUCCCCCGUCGCAAGACGCGUCUGCUCCGCAUGCCUCGUGCGGUUCCAGUUCCGGCGUGUGUGGCUCGCGCCCGUCGCCGAGUGCGCAGUACGUGCCUGGCAAGGGUCCCGGUGGGCAGGGAAGCCUGUGGAUCGAGGAGCGUGAGGGCCGUAUCAAGGUGCUUGACAUCCAGGGCGUGUGCGAUGACGGUAUCGACACGCUCGAGCCGCAGCUCGAGCCUGUGUGCAACUGGAUUGAGAAGGCACGGUUGGAGGGUGGGCAGGUACUUGUGCACUGCCGGGUUGGGGUUAGUCGGAGUGCGACUGUUACUAUCGCCUACGUGAUGAAGCACCUCGGGCUCCCGCUCGUGGACGCGUACCUGAUCGUGCGCUCGCGGCGCCUCUCGGUGCUUAUUCAGCCGAACAUGCGGCUGCUGUACAAUCUGCUCGGUUGGGAGGUCAAGCUCGCGCGCGAGCGCGCCAUCGCUGCGUCUCCGGCGACCCCUGGCGCUAACGCCAAGCGGGAGCCAGAUCCCGAUGUGUUGAGAAACGAGCUGGCCAAGGCGCUUAAUUGGCCGUAUCUCGCACAGCAAGUGCAUAUGCUCAACGAGAAGUAUCUCCGCUGAGGUGCCUGCGCUGGUCUCCGUCCCCGCUCUUCUCGACUCCUGGCCCUAUCCCCUCUCCGUGACAUUCAUCUUUCGCCAUUGUAUACACCUUUUAGACGUCGUUUGCCCCUCCCAGAAAGGACAGGCGAGCGCAUCACAACGUGCCGCCGUCUCCAUAUACGCACCACCUCUCUUCGCGUCUCUUUUCACUUCUCUCUUCGCUUUUAUGACUUACACACAUUCAUGAGACCUUGCAAGACGCCUUUUUCUUCUUUUCUUUUGCACUCUGCAUCUGUAUCAUCAACCCCUCUUACCGCACACGUCUUUUUUAAGUUUUCUUUUCCCUUUUGACAACUCCAAUCUCGUAGUUUCGAGUUCUUGGGCUGUUUGUUGUUUUACUGGGGUUUCUUUCGCGUCGUUUUCACUUGCCUUGCUCCGUCGCCGCCGUCGUUGGCACUGCGCUUCCGCCACUCAUGUUUUCUUCAUCCAUCGUCGCGUUUCGUAAACAUGCAUUAUCGCUCCCUCCUCCUCCCCUCUCGUCUACUUCAUGUCAUUUGUCAUAAAACGCUCCACGCAUACACACGUACUGUACGUUAUGUAACACUAGUCUUUUUUGCCUUUGUGCAUAAUGCAGUAUUUAUCCUGAC